AAAAAAACUGUGUGCAGUAUCUCACCCACAGAGAGAAGCUGUGGUUCAAGGCUUCUCCUCCUCAACAAGAAGUCAUCCUCCCUAUCUGGCUCUCCUUUUCUGUUUUAUUGCAUCUCCUCUCAGAUGAUCCAUCUGUCACCCACCUGCAGCUGAUCUUUUACCUACACUGCAGCCACAUCAUGAGCAUACGGAAACUGAGUUUCAAGUGGUUCGGUAGCCUCACCAACCUCUCUUUUCGCCGCUCUACUGAGAAAUCAGACUCCAAGUCUUCUCAGUCGAAUUCUGCAGCAGGAGUGGGAUUUGUACCUGAAGAUGGCACUGGUUGUGGUACAGUCACCACGGCGAACCUGGAUCCAGUUGUUGAGACAACGGUGGACGACAUGGGUGCCAUGCGUCCUCGCACCGCCAGCUAUGUCCGCUCCAGUGACAGCUAUACACACAUGGGUACGCUGCCACGGCUACUGAUGAAGAGGAGAGUCAAGAAUAAUAAAGGUAAAGCAGCAGAAGGAGGUUCCAGCAGCAACAAGAAGAGUAAAGACAAGAACAGCAUCAGCAGAAGUCAAAGCCAGCGACCUGCAAAGGAUCACAACUGCUGGCCCCCGAGGCUCACAGACACCUCAUCCAAAGUGGCUGGGGACGAAGCUGGAAUUAAAGCUGACACUGGGCUUGGCAAAGACUGUCUCACUGAUCCCAAGACCCACCCUGAACCUACAGAUGAAACAAACACCCAAAGCACCAUCUCUGGACCCAUAGCUGCCUGCAAAGAUGUGUCGCCAUCAAGUGGCUCAAGUGCUGCAAUCCAACUUGAGACAUGUGACAAGCAAGGCAUCACCCAGGCAGGUGCAGACUUGAACACAGAAGAGACUUCAUCACCUCCACUCAGCCAGGGCAGUGAUCAGACCCGGACUUGUGAGGAUGAUGGGUUAGAGCCCGGGCCUGUAUCUGAACCAAAGGAGAAGGCAGAGAGCAGAGAGCUGAGAGACAGAGCAGACAAAGGAAACCAAAACUCUGACAGCAUUUACAGCCACAUGGAGCCAGUACAGAGCCAGGCGGAAUAUGUCCAGUUCUCCAAGGAGAAGUACCUGCUGGAGUCUCCUCCUGAGAAACUUCGUAAGGAGCUGGAGGAGGAGCUGAAACUGAGCGCUGCUGACAUCAGGAGCCAUGGCUGGUACCAUGGACACAUACCCAGAGAGGUGUCAGAGACUCUGGUUCUACGCAAUGGAGAUUUCCUCGUGCGCGACUCUCUGACCAGUGUGGGUGACUACGUACUGACCUGUCGAUGGGAUAAUGAGGUGCUGCACUUCAAGAUCAGCAAAGUUCUGGUCAAGUCCAAUGAGACCAAGGUGCAGUUUGUAUUGGAGUCUGACAGUUUCGACUCGGUCCAGGAGCUUGUGCGGUUUUACGUGGGCCAGCGCAAACCGGUCUCCCAGUCCAGUGGUGUCCACAUCUACUGUCCAGUCAGCAGGACUCUCCCUUUGCGCUACCUGGAGGCCACCUUCGCUCUGGCCAACAGCAAGCAAGGCUCCGCCUAUUCGCCGUCCAGUCAGAGGGGAGCGUACAUCAAGAGAAGGAGCGUCACCAUGACUGAUGGGCUGACGACUGAGAAGAUGAUACCUCACAGUGACUCAGACAGCCCCAGUCCAGUUAAGACGCCAGUGGUACCACCAGAACCAGAGUCGGAACCUGUGCCCAACUGCAGCCCAUCGACAAUCCACCACCAUAAAGACGCAAUGCGGAACUGUGCGAUGAGCAUGGACCAGAUUCAGGAGUAUCGCUGCCCCUUGUCACCUGUUGGGGAAACCCCAUUGUCUCCUGCAUAUAGUGCUAUCACCAGGCAGAGAGCCCACUCAGGCGGGCGGGUCCUGGCUGUCGUCCCACCCUCCCCCGUGAUGCGUCGUUCCAGCGACCCUCAGCUAAGCCCCUCAGCCAGUAACAACCCUCCAGAGCAUCCCGCGCAUACCUCUCACUCGGCACACUCCUCACCCGCCCAUCAUCCCAGCUACCAAUCACAUUCCUCAGAAACAGCAGGGAGCUACUGUGACCUCAGACCUUGCCUCGCCGGGCCCCCUAAACCCCCGACUAAGAGCUAUGUGGAACGAUUGCGAGUGGAAGAAGGGAGGCAGGACGGAGCGAGGGAGGAAGGAGAGGGGAUGUUCAGCGCCCCACAGGUGGAGACAGCGUCCUCAUUCAGGCCAUCCAGGUACGAGUCUUGCCUUAUGCCAGCUGAGAAUAAGCCUCUGGAGAUGUUUGUGCUGAAGAGAGUCAAAGAGCUGCUGGCAGAGGUGGAUGCAAGAACUGCAGCUAAACACAUCACCAUGGCAGACUGCAAGGCGGCUAGAAUAUUAGGCGUAACCUCAGACAUGCAAAGGAUGAUGGGAGUGUCCUCAGGGUUGGAGUUACUGACACUACCACAUGGACACCAGCUAAGACUUGACCUACUGGAGAGGUUCUACACCAUGUCGAUCAUGAUGGCAGUGGACCUGCUAGGCUGCACAGGAAGCACAGAGGAGAGGGCGGCCCUACUCCACAAGACCAUCCAAUUGGCAGCAGAGUUGAAAAGCAACCUGGGCAACAUGUUUGGCUUUGCUGCCGUGAUGAGAGCCCUGGAGCUGCCACAAAUUUCCCGCCUGGAGCAGACGUGGGUGACAUUACGCCAGAGACACACAGAAGGCGCUAUUCUAUAUGAGAAGAAACUCAAACCUUUCAUGAAGAAUAUGAACGAUGGCAAAGAGUCUAGUGUCCUGUCCAACACCUCCCUCCCCCACAUCAUUCCCGUCCUGUCCUUAUUGGAGCGGGGCAUGGCUGUCGGGGAGGCGCUGGAGCCCUGGGAGAGUGCAGAGGUGGGAGUAGACGUGGUCAUGUACCACCUAGAGGCAGCUCGUACCAUCGCACAACACGGGGGGAUCUAUAGAACCAACGCUGAGACCAAACUGCAGGGAUUCCAGGAGCGAGCAGAAAUACACGAGAUCUUCCAGACUGAGUUUCAGAUGCGUCUCUUGUGGGGCAGCCGUGGCUCUGAAGGCAGCCAAUCAGAGCGUUACGAGAAGUUCGACAAGGUCCUCACUGCCCUAUCACACAAGCUAGAGCCUCCAGUGCGCCACAGCGAGCUAUAGCACCUGCCCCAGUACCUGCCAUCGCCAAACAACUGGUCUUGUUUUGCAUCGCAAAGGAUGAUGUGGAAGAGUCUGGCGUGAACACUGGGAGGGGUGAGAGUGACUGAAGAGGCAGCUAGCAGAGCAGGUGCAGUUAGCAAUAGGAAUAGAAAAGAGAGUCUCACUUAUAACACGUGUUGCACUCACUGUGGACUUCUCCUUUUGUUCCUCCCUUUGGACUUCAUUCCAAUUUAAAUGGCAUCAGAGAGGAGUCAAGCGAAGUGGAAAAGAAGAUGGGAGAGAUGGGUGACCAGCUCCUCUGCUUGGUACAAACAGUAACAUGUGUAUGGUGUGUCCCGAGGGCCAAACAGAGCUGCAGAGUUUGGCUUUGCUCCAAUAAAACACAGACACUCUCUUGUUUCAAACAACUGCUGUCACACACUGUAGCAGAAAUAAUAAAAGAAACAAUAACUUGCAUAGCUCAUAUAUAGAUGUUUUGUCUGUGUGAGUGAGUGCGUGUGUUAGUCUUUAUGUAUGUUUACAUUUCUUCAUUUUUGUAUGUCAUUAAUGUUUCAUGUAGUUUUUUUGUCUUAUUGAUUUGUUAAGGAUAUCUAAACAUCAUGGACGCUGCUUCACCAAACUCACGAGAAUCUGUCAGUGCUCAUUCUGAGGGAACCAUGUUCAUAUAACCUCAUUAAAUAUGUAUCAAGCAGUCCCAUUGAAUCCUAUUAAAAAUGUAUCAGGCAUGCAUUAAUAAAUGUAUCAGAAAUGAAACAUUUGCAGAAGUAAUGCAGCAACUUCAAUAUGGGGGCUUUGCGAGUUGUUAAAAACAUUUAAAGGACAAAGCAACCUCCCUUUGUUGUAGCUGUCUGACUAAUACAUUUGAUAUUGUGUGUCUUGCGCACAAAUUUCGCUAAAAACAGCACUAUGGGACAGGAAAAAUGGGAUGCGUCCUCUAUAAAAUUAAUUAAAGCAAUGUUUCACUUAGUAUAUAAACAUUUAUGAUGAUGCUUUGGUAUGACUCUAGUUGCAGUUUGUGAAUUUGCAGAAAUAAUUAAAAUGUUUGAUGCAUGCAGCUAUAAAUGUUAUACCAAGUAAAAUGUUGCUUUAAACUACUAAUUUAAAUAUAACAAUGUGUGAAGCUUCAGAAAUAUACAGAUGAUACAGUGAAGAUAUUUCAUAUCUGUGGAUAAUCUUGAAUGAUACUGAACAGACAGAGAAAUCUGUCAUCUUUCAUCUUUUUUUCACUUUGAAAACCAAUGAAUGAUAAAAGAAGUUCCCAAACCGAAUCAAAAAAGGACAUCCCUGCUACAGAGAAUGUCUUUUGGUUGUAUGUCUUGAAUUUGUGUUUCGGCAAUAGAGCUUAGAUGAUCCUAAUCUUUUUAUUGCUAUGGGAUUACAUUUUGGUUUAAUGUUCAGUGUUAAAUCAUUGCUGUAUUUACAGCACGUGGGCCUGAGAGGGCUGGAGCCAACUCUCAGAGCUAUGCAAUCAUUUCAACCAAGGGCUGAGACCCCCUGAGGAACAGACACCCAUUCAGAAUGUUUUAGAAAAUCUUUUUUCACGUUUUGCCCCCUACAUCACCUUUUUAAAAUGUCUAUCCCUUGUUCUAUCCAAACCGAUUAUCUAUAUAUGAAUGAAAGUCAUAUCAGAUAUUAAUCAAACAGAAAUAAUCCUUCUACCCUAGAGUCGCAUAUCAGAGAUCCUUAAAUGGAUGCUUUAUUGUCCUGCUUUCUAGUCUGAACCAUAUUUGGGGUCAGCUGCACAGAUCAGUUUGUGAGGUGAGGAGCCAUGUGUCAGUUCCCACUGAGGUCCAACAGGGGGCGAUCUUUAGUCAGCAAAAAAAACACUGAAUCAUUAAUUGUAAUACAGUGUAACAGGAAGACACACACACACACACACACACACACACUGAAAAAAACACAUUGAUUGUGUGUGUUUUGAGACCAAUGUUUGAUAUUAAUGUUAUCAGAUAUCAAACCUACUGGUUUAGGUUUGAUAUCUGGUAACACUGAUGAUGAAAAAGUGAUGAUGAUGAUGAUAAUAUGUAUGUUUUAAUUUGUCCUCUGUUGAAUGCUGUACAGGAAUGCUCUGACAGUGUGUGGAUUCUCCUGUUUUUUUUAUAACAGGACUGUAUGAGAUGAACUUGAAAAGCAAAAAGACAAGAAAUGUUUUAGGACUGAUCUCAUGUUUUUUACGUACUGUACAUAGCGAUUCACUUUUUUUCAAAUAAAAUGAUUGCUUGUGUCAAAGAGUUUGAUUUUGUUCAGGAAAUAAAGCAUAUGAUGUAACAUGUA